AAAAUUAAAAUAAGGAGUGUUAUUGGAAUUACGACAACUAAUCAACUGAGAUCGAAUUACGUGGAUUUUAGCCACUAUAUGUCAACGUAUGCAAUCAUACAACUAGCCGACUGUUUCAGCUAUGGUAUUGGUAAAAAAUUAUUCAAAUGAAAUCUUAUAUGUAAAGGCUACUCGACAUCACGAUUUGGCAGUUCAAAAAAGGAUUGGAUUUGAAGUACACACGUAUGGUGAAGAAAGAGGAGCACAUGCAAAUAAGGAAACUGAAUGGCAUUGUGUACAAAAUAAUGGCUACACCCAAAUUGCACCUAAGAGCGUAUUACAGUUCAGCCCAGUAGACAAUACAACUAUCUAUAUAACAAUAAAAGCGCAAAAACAAGUAAUUUGUGAUAGCCUUCCUCUUCGGAACAAACGCGAUAUCGUUGUAAAAAUCAAAGGUGAAUUAGUGUUUGCUCAGAAUUCCAAAAAGAAGAAACAAAUGAUAUAUAGAUACAACAUAAAACCAGAAUGUAAAAUAGAAGCUGAUAAUGAUUUACAGGUAAAAAUUGAAGACAUUGAGUGGGAAUAUAAACAAAUGCAGGCGGAAACCGCACAAAAUGCCGAAAAGAGGACAAACAAUUGGGAAACAAAUCGCAUGUACCAGUUGAUUUUUAAAACUCGCAACUUUCAAAACCGAUAUGAUAAUAGGGUCCAUCAUGGUUGCAGUGAGCAAAUAUGCCAUAAGGUCAGGCCAGCUUUCUAUUGUAAAGAGAAAACAACACGCAUUGGAAUAAUUGCCAUAAGCGACAGAAAUUCUGCAGAUUUUGUCAGAUCCUUGAUUUUUGAAUUAGAACAAAAUCGCGAUAUAAAUGUUAGAUAUUUCAAGGUUGAAAGGGAUGAUUAUAUCAACAAAUUCAAGCUCCAUGUUUACGAAAUUCAACUGGAUAUUGGACAUCUCGAUGAACAGAACCUAAGAAAAUUGCAUUGGCCAGAAGAAGUUGCCGAACAUUAUCAGUGGGAAUAGAUCAAAACAUUCAUAACAGUAAAAAAUCUUCUUUUUAUUUAUA